AUGCAAGUAACUAGACAUUGCCUUUUCGACGAGUAGAAAAUGACCAUGUUGACAGUAGAAUGUUACACAAAGAAACCAGACCGUAAUAUUUAAUGUCAGUGAAUCGGGAAUAAAGUGUAGGUGAAUGAAUUUAAUUGGUGUAGGUUAUACAGGAUGUAAAAAGAAAUAGAGCAGAUGGCGAUCGUUCUCGAGGCACAAAUUUGCACAAAUUCAAGAUCCCUCGAAAGCAUUGGCAUGUCCACUCCAGUCUUUUUGGAUCUCUAGUCACUGGUUCAUUUUAAUUCACGACACCGAAAAAUUAAUUCUUUUUAUGAGUUCAAAAAUAUUAUAAAGGAUUAUCAAUAUGACUUCAGCAAAGAUCGAAUUUGCAGUUAACAUGACUUGUGAAAAAUGCGUUGAUACUGUUCGUAAUAGUUUAAAGGGUGUAAAAGGAAUUAAAAGUAUUGAUAUAUCGUUAGAAAAAGGGAAUAUUGUAGUUGAGACUGACUUACCGUAUUCUGUAAUUCAAGAAAAAAUUGAACAAUCUGGAAAGAAGGCUGUUUUAAAAGGAUAUGGAGAUAACUUGGGUGCUGUUGCAAUGUUAGGAGGAAAUUCAGGUUAUAGCAUAGGAAACAAGAUAAUGGGAAUAGUAAGGUUUGCUCAAACACCUGAUGGAUGCAUUAUAGAUGGAACAGUUGAUGGCUUAACACCUGGUGAACAUGGAAUACAUGUACACGAAUGUGGUGAUAUCUCCAGUGGUUGUGAUAAUGUCGGAGAACACUUUAACCCAAACAGUACAGUGCAUGGAGGACCUGAGGAUAAUGAACUUAAUAGACAUGUUGGAGAUCUUGGAAAUAUAGCAGUAGAUGAUUCAGGUAGAGCUACUUUUAGAAAAGUAGACAAGCUCAUAAAAAUAUCUGAUAUUAUUGGAAGAUCUCUAGUUAUAUCAGAAAAAGCAGAUGAUUUGGGUAGAAGUGAUAGUCCAACGUCUAAGAUAGAUGGAAACAGUGGAAAUAGACUGGCUUGUGGCAUUAUUGCUCGUUCGUCUGGUUUGUUUCAAAAUACGAAAAAAAUUUGUGCUUGCGACGGACUUACGCUAUGGGAUGAAAGAGAUAAAGCGCUCUCACAGAAACAGGAAUUGUCCACCAAAUCUGAAAUAAGUAAUGCCUCAAAAUUAUAAACACCAUCUGGGGAUACCUAAAACAAGUUUCAUGAAAUGAAACACGCAAGUCAUUCCAAUAAAAUACUGUAUAUAUGAUACAAAAUAUCUAUGUAAUGUAGAAAGGUUUUAUAUUUUUGAAAUGUAUAUAUAAGUAUUUAUGAACAAUAUUCAUAUAUGUUGUAUAUUUUGUAUAAUAUAUGACACACGUAAGGGUAUUAAAGAGCACCGAAAUUUUA